AUGGAAGGAGGGAACGAAGUCGAUGCAUCAGCACUGAAAUGCCAAGCAGAGAUUUGGAAGUACAUCACGUCGGCAAUGACCUCUUGGCUACUGAAAUGUGUUGUGGAUCUUCGUGUGGAUACCGACACCAUUGCACACAUAGACGCGUAUAAAGAGGAUGGGCUGCAUGGCAUCGGAACGUUGGUUGAUGUGGGUGGUAGGACAGGCAGAGACCUUUAUGAGAUCGUGAAAGCUUACCCACACAUCAAAGGAAUCAACUUUGAUCUGCCACGUGUUAUUGCCACAGCACCCACCUAUGAAGGUGUUACAAAUGUUGCAGGCUACGCUGGUGAUUGGCCUGAUGACAUAGUGGUGAAAAUUUUGAAGAACUGUCGCAAAGCUAUACCUGAAAAAAAAGGAAAAGUUAUUAUAAUGGAUGUUGUUGCUAAAAAAAGCAAUUUACUUGAGGAAUCACACUUGAGAUCAGAUAUUUCAAUGUUGGUGUUCACAGCUGGAAGGGAAAAAACAGAAAUGGAAUGGAAGAAGGUGAUAAAUGAAGCGGGAUUCCCACGUUACAAAGUUAUCACAACUCCUGCCAUGCUAUCCAUUAAGAUAACUCCUGCCAUGCUAUCCAUUAGAGGCCUAUCGUAUCUAAUUGAUCCACAACAUCCACAAUAUUAUUGA